UAUUGUGACGAGAACCUACACGUCAUCCGCUAUGCUGCAUAUUCAGUCGCUGUGCUUCUGUUGCAAAUCCACACCCCUCUUGCCCCCUUCAGAAAUAGAAAUAAUUUGGCCUGUCACCUGUGCUGCACGCGUCUUAUUAUCAAGCUGACUUGGUCACACCUCAAUACCACCUGCUUCCCCCGUCCCCAUUCGCUCAUCUUUUUCAGACAGCAAUUGCUGGUAGGUAGGUAUAGAACGGCGGGUACGACCCCAUGGGCGUCAGCAGCAUAGCAGUGAGCCAGAUGGCCAGCGGCAAAGGCAUGAAUUACUUGGGCUUGGUAUUUUGAUGCGCAUUGCCGAUGAUGAUACUGAUAGGAAGGAUCAGCCUGGAAACACGCCGCACCUGGAAGGCAUCAGUCGCUCUCCUACUGAGGAUCGGUUGAUGGGUGUUUUUGAGUUGGCUACCAGAGGGUAUACGAGACUGUGUGGUGUGACUGAGCUGAAUACGCCGAAUAAUCCAAAGGAAAGGGUCCCGGCGCUACUGACAGCAGUUCCUGUUAAGGAUUAACUGGAGCAACUGGAAAAGGCAGAAUUUAGCGUUUUUGACCUGCAGUUGUAGCAGCCGACAGUGAAGCUGGUAUGGCAUCUGUGACACGUAGACUGCAAGAGGACGUGGAUAAGCCAAAAGCCAACCAUUGAAUAUACUAAAAAAA